AUGGCGGACAACGCGACUGAGGACGACAUGAGUCCCUUCCGCCCGCCGACGAUCCGCUCCGCCCUCGGCGUCCUCGACCGGUCGCUGUUCUCCAAGACCGUCAACCUCGCCGCGGCAGCCGUCGCCGACAAAAAGAAGAUCGCGGGCUGGCGCCAGAAGCUGCAGCAGGACAAGACCCUGCUGGCCGCCGACCGCGUAUCGGCCGUCGUGCCGCACCCCGACCAGGCGCUCGCGUCGCAGGGCACCAAAUGCGUGCUGCUUGACCCCAAGGUCAGGCCGGGAGCGCCUGACACCUGGACCGCCCUGAUCCGCGACGCCGUGCAGCGCGAGGAGCUGGGCAUCGUGCCGUACGACCUAGCGCUCGACUACGACUACUGGCUGUACGAGGACGUGAUGCGGGCGCUGCUGCCGCACGACCUGCGCGAAGUGCACGACGGGAUUCCGGUCGGCUUCAAUCAGGCGGGCCACGUCGCGCACGUGAACCUCAAGGAGCAGUUUAUGCCCUACAAGCGGCUGAUCGCCGAGGUGCUGGUCGACAAGAACCCCUCGGUGCGCACCGUCAUCAACAAGGUCGCCCAGGUCGGCACCCAGUCCGAGUUCCGCACCUUCGCCUACGAGGUGCUCGCCGGGCCCGACGACCUCAACGUCGAGGUGCGCGAGAACGAGUGCGUCUUCCGAUUUGACUACGCCCAGGUCUACUGGAAUAGCAAGCUGGAGGGCGAGCACAGCCGCAUUAUCAGGCUGUUCGAACCGGACGAGGUUGUGUGCGACGUCAUGGCAGGCAUCGGCCCCUUUGCGGUACCGGCAGGCAAGAAGGGCGUCUUUGUGUGGGCAAACGACUACAACCCCGAGAGCUACCGAUAUCUCGACGAGAACAUCAAGCGCAACAAGGUCAGUCAGUAUGUACGUCCCUUCAACGAGGACGGCCGAACAUUCAUCAGGAGAGCGGCCGACUUGGUCUACGCCGCAUCCACCAACGGCGAACACGCCGUCGUGGAGAUGCAGAGGAAGGACAAGCGCCGCUUGCACCCAAAAGCAAGCAACGCCAACGAACAGGCGGCGCCGCCUGAGCCUCGGCGCAUAGCGAUCCCGCCGACGAUAUCACACUUCGUGAUGAACCUCCCCGCCACAGCCAUCACCUUCCUGCCGUACUUCCGCGGCUUGUAUGCUGGGCACGAGCAACUGUUUGCCCCGCACACCGAUAGGAAGCUGCCGCUGGUCCAUGUCCACUGCUUCGCGGCCAAGGGGGAGGGCGAUGGGCCCGCGCGGGAUGUCUGCGAGCGGGUCGCGGCCGAGCUCGGUGUUUCCAUGGAGCUCGGCGACCCGGAUGUGCCCGGCGAGGUUGCCGUGUUGGAGGUUAGAAAUGUGGCACCUAACAAACGUAUGUUCUGCGCCUCGUUCAGGGUGCCCGCUGAAGUCGCAUUCGCAUUGAGGCCUUAG